UCUCUUUAUGAUACAGAGGCUCAGAGUUAGAAGACGAAAAAUGGCUGGAAAUUUUUGGCUAUCCUCGCACUACCAUCAAUGGAUUUUAACACCCGAAGAAGUCUUGAUGGAAAGACUUCAAGAUUUAAAAAGUCUGACUAAUGAAGAAUACCAAAAACUGAUGAUAUUUUUUUGUCGCUUCAUCCAGUCUCUGGGAGAACAUUUGAAGCUUAGGCAGCAAGUAAUAGCAACAGGCACUAUUUAUUUCAGACGAUUUUAUGCGAGGAAUUCACUCAGAUGCAUCGAUCCAUUAUUGCUAGCACCAACGUGCUUAUUUCUAGCAGCCAAAGUUGAGGAGUGUGGAGUCAUCACAAACGCAAAGUUGAUAAACGCAUGCACUUCUGUCCUCAAAAGCAAAUUCGCGUUUGCUUUUCCAACAAUACAAGAUUACCCAUACAGAAUAAAUCAGAUCUGGGAAUGUGAAUUUUAUAUCUUGGAAGCAAUGGACUGUUCAUUAAUAGUUUUCCAUCCAUAUAGAUCACUAACAAAAUACUUAGCAGAUAUGGGCCAGGAGGAUGCAUUACUGCCUAUUGCAUGGCGAAUUGUUAAUGACAGCUUACGUACUGAUGUAUGUCUAAUGCACCCACCAUACUUGAUAUCACUCACUGCCAUAUACAUGGCCUGUGUUAUUCAGCAGAAAGAUUGUAAACAAUGGUUUGCAGAGCUUAAUGUAGAGAUGCAAAAGAUUAUGGAGAUUACCCAACAAGUGCUGGCACUUUAUGAACUCUGGAAGGCGUAUGAUGAAAAAAAAGAAAUAAGUAGUAUUUUAGUUAAAAUGCCUAAGCCAAGAUCAGGGCCAAACUCACGGCCAUCAUCAGCAACUCCAAGGAACCACACUCCAUCACCAGUGCCUGGACUUCACUAAUAUUUAUUUACAAAGAGCUAGUGAAUUAUUUAACUUUAUAUUAAUUAAAAGUUUUUAUACCUUUUUUGUAUAAAAUGUACAUUAAAAGACCUGUUUCUUCUGCAAAUAUAGUUUAUUAUUCUGUUAAAAAUUUUGCUUCAAUAUGAGCAAACCUUGAAAAAAAGAUAUAAAUAUCUUUUAUUAUUCAAAUUCUUCUGUACUGUCUCAUAUGAGCUUCAUUUCUAACAAGCAUGCAAGCAAGCUUCAUUUUAACUUUGGCAAGCUUCAUUGUAACUUUGACUUAAAACAAAUUUUCCAAAUUCAGCUUCAAUAAGUUAAACUAAACUUGUCUUUGUGGGUGCCAUUGCAAAAUCUGGGUAUUUAACAAGAGUGCAUGUAUUUGAAGGA